UGACUUGAUCUUUUUCGUCUCCCAAUUCAGUACUGGUCAAUGCUCUGUCCUUUGUUCUCCGCAUCGCGUCCUCCGAGAAACUUCUCCUUUUCACAAACUCCUCUCCUGCUUGCCACUCUAUAUAAAGCAUCGCCUUUCGUCUACCACGAUACGUGCACACACUCAGUUUUUACUUUGCUCUGAGUGUCCUUCGAGUGUUUUUAGCUUCCAAAUCAAAAGUUAGAGCAGACCCCAAUCUCAGUACUUGAAACCCAAGAGACAUGAAGAAGUUGGUGGUGAAAUUGGAUCUACAUGAUGACAGAGACCGGAGCAAGGCCAUGCGAGUAGUUUCUGGUUUUGAAGGGAUUGGGUCUCUAAGUAUGGACCCGAAGGACAGCAAACUAACGGUAUCUGGCGAUUUCGACCCAGUCAAGGUGGUGAACAAACUGAGGAAAUCUUGGCAUACAGAUAUCGUGAGUGUUGGACCAGCGAAGGAAGACGAUGGGAAG